CGGGAGCUCUGACGCUCAGUCGUGGGCGAUAGGAGCAAGCGUUCCCAACGAGACAGCAAUCUAUAACUUCUCGUUGCCAUAUUUCGCAGGAAGAAUUCAAUACUGAGGUGUUGAAGGGGUAUAUCAACUCAGCGAAAUUCCAGAGGUUUUAUCGGAUAAUGCCGACUAGUACAAAAGAGGGUUUCGCCACUAAGGCAAUUCACGCUGGACAGGAUCCACUGCAAUGGACUCAUUGUUCUGUCAUUCCUCCAAUUGUGAUGUCGACGACUUAUCGACAGGACGGGCCUGCCCAGCACCGAGGUUUUGAAUACGGGAGGAGCGGCAAUCCUACCCGCACAGUUCUGGAGACUUGUUUAGCAGCAAUAGAAAAUGGAAAACACGGUUUGGCGUUUUCCUCGGGUCUCGGUGCAACAACAGCCCUGGCAUCUCUUUUGGGUGGUGGGGAUCACAUUGUGUGUUGCGAUGACGUCUAUGGUGGGACCAACAGAUACUUCAGAACCUGCCUGUCGAAGAAUGGUAUAGGAGUCACGUUCACUGACGCAACAAGCAUAAACAAUGUCGUCAACAGUAUUCGGCCCAACACCAAAAUGAUCUGGCUGGAAACACCAACGAAUCCCCUGCUGAAAAUAAUCGAUAUAAAAGCUGUUAUUGACACUGUCAAAGCCAUUAGAUCCGACAUUAUCACCGUUGUUGAUAACAGCUUUGUUACAUGCUACUUCCAAAAACCAUUGGAUCUCGGUGCUGACUUUGUAGUUUACUCAUUAAGUAAAUAUAUGAAUGGACACUCAGAUGUCAUCAUGGGUGCUGCGAUAACACAAAGAGAUGACCUAGAAGAACGACUUCGCUAUAUCCAAAAUGCUUUGGGAAUAGUUCCAUCACCUUUUGACUGCCAGCAAGUCAAUAGAAGUCUGAAAACCUUGGAGGUUAGGAUGGAAAAGCACAUGGCGAACGGUUUGGCAGUUGCUAAGUUCUUGGAAAGUCAUCCGCGCGUGGAAAAAGUGUUCCAUCCAUUCCUUCCAUCCCACCCUCAACAUGAGUUAGCAAAAAAACAACAGACGGGCCACAGUGGAAUGGUGACAUUUUACAUAAAAGACAAUUCUCACAAAUUCCUCAAAGCCCUCAAAAUCUUCACACUGGCAGAGUCGCUCGGGGGUUACGAGUCACUCGCUGAAUUACCAUCAGUGAUGACGCAUGCAUCCCUGACACCAGAGGCACGUGAUGCACUUGGCAUAAACGACAAGCUGAUUCGAUUGUCAGUGGGACUGGAAACCGAGGCUGAUUUAAUCGCUGAUCUAGAUCAGGCGCUCAAAGCCUCUCAAAUGUGAAAAUCUGAGGCUUCAUUAUCUCGCUAUUAAUGAUUAAUCACACAAGUAUUGAGACGGUUCAAGUCUACGUGGAAGUGUAAUCGUAAUUCCGAAAUGAAUUGAUAACAAGUGGCUUCAACUCAAAAUGUGAAAAAAACUUUAUGUAAAAAAUUUUCCUUAUUUCGAAAGAAGUUCUUUUUUAUUUCUCCGGAUAAUUGUCGACGCAUGGUAACGGAUAUCACGCUAUCGUCGAAUCGGUCAACUUUGCACUGAGAAAAAAAUUUAUUCCUUCCAAGAAAAUGUUAUUGGUGAUAUCUUUUUCAUACUCUUAGUAGAA